UUUGGCAGAUACUGGACGAGAGGCUCCGACAGACUAGAGUUCAAGCAGAGGUUAUCAAUAGCUCUGGGGGCUGCUAGAGGUUUAUGCCAUUUGCAUAGCCUGAUACCUCCUUUGAUACAUAAGAAUUUCAAAACGGCCAACGUCUUGGUUGACGAGAACUUCACCGCUAAGGUUGCAGAUGCAGGCAUCACAAUGUUACUAGAAAAGAUAGAAGAAGCAGGUCCAUCUCACAGUUCUAACAUCAAUGUUUUCCGAGAUCCAGAGGUGGAAGCACUGGGAAGCUUCACCGAAAUGAGCGAUGUAUACAGCUUCGGAGUGUUCCUUAUGGAGCUCAUAACUGGAAGGGAUGAGGCUGUGCACAUCGAUUACCUACGAUCCAAUGACAGCUUAAUUCAGUUGGUACAAUCACGGCUGAGUUCCAAUGAAUUGGUGGAUCGUCGACUUGCUGGAAGCUUUACCAUGGAUGGUAUUAAGGACGUGAUCAAGCUGACACUAAAAUGCAUGUGUUUUCCUGGAAAACGGAGGAUGAAUAUGAAUAUGAUCAUGGAGGAGCUCGAAAGGAUCCAUGAAAAAGAGAUGGAACUGACCACAGUCAGGGGCGAAGCUACUUCGAAAAUUACUCUAGGCAGUGAGCUAUUUGCUUCAAAAUAAGGAGGGGAUUCAAGUGGAGUCUUCUGUUAAGCUAUGGCCAAGCUUAGGCUUCCAAAAUAAUUAGGAAAAAAGAAGAAAAAAACAUUGAACAGUUUAUAAGGAAAGAAAAAGGGAGUAGCUGG